AUGGCAUAAUAAUAAUUGUAAAGGUAUGAUGCUGAUGAAAAUUUGUCUAAAUUUCUCAAUAAAGAAUUAGGUAAAUCAAUAAAAUUUAAAAAAAAACAUGUAAAAAUGAAAUUUACAAGUUUAGGAGAAAGAACUUAAUAAUUUAUUGGCUUAUCAAUAAAUAAUUUAGGAUGAAAAACUAAAGAAUGAAAAUAAGUUACAUUAAAUGUUUUAUAAGGAGAAAUUGAUUGAAAAUUAAAAAAAACAAAAGGAAGAUUUUGUAAUAAUUCUGAUUAUGAUUAGCUAAAAGAAUAAAAAGUAAACAAGGAUCAUUAAUUUUUAUAUAAAUAAAAAGAAAAUGAUUAUAUAAAUGCUUUGGAUGCAAGUUGGUGUUUUUAUUAAGAUUAUUCUCCUUCAAAAGAUGUAAAACCACUGAAGGUUGAUGCUGAAAGAGAGAAAGUUCUUCGAUUCUUAUUUAAACAACUAUAAUCUACUACUGAUAAUGUAGAAAGAGCCUUAAUAAAAAAGAAAAUUAAUAAAUUUCGAGAUUCUGAAGUAUAAAGCCUUUCAUAAUUUAUAAUAGAUUUCUAAAAAGAAAUUAGAAUAUAUUGAUCAUAAAAUAGAAUAUGCAAAACAAGUCAGAAGUGAAUCUCUCGAUAGAUCUAUUGAUAAAAUAAGAAUGCAUGAUAUGCAUAUUAUUGAUGUAUAAGAAAAGAAUAACCUUAUUAAUUAAGAGAAACAAUCUUAUUAUAGUGACAAAUUAAAUUAAAUUGAAUAGAAAAUUAAAAUGAUAGAAAAUUAAUAAUAGCGUAACAGGCUUAAUAGAUUAAAUUUCGAAUAAUAAAAGGAUGAAUAUCGUUAAGCAGUUAGAUCUAAUUCCUAAACUCUCAUUUAGCAAAAGGAAUUAUUGAAUUAAAAUCAUUUUAGUGAAAAGGUUUAUAAAUUAAACUUUUUGGUCGAUCAGAAACAAAAGCUCCUAAAACAAAGAUAAGAAUUAUUGGAUGGGUUAAAUUAAAAAAGAGUUAUAGCUAGACAAUCUUUAGAUGAUGUUAAAUAUCCCCAAUUAAACUCGAAUAAUUACAAAGCAAUAUAUUUUUGA